AUGGAUAAGUCUUGGAUUAUGCAGCCACGUAAUUCACCUGCAUAUGAACAAGGUGUUCGGGCUUUUAUUGAUUUUGCAUCACAAAAUCGUGGAAUUGAAGGUGAAAUAUUAUGCCCUUGUCCAGUAUGUGGGUUUAGAAAAUGGCAGAAAAGAGAUGUUGUGUAUGAUCACCUAAUUUGCAGACAAUUCCCAAAAGGUUACACUUUUUGGUUCCAUCAUGGGGAGACAAACAUGGGAGAGGCUAGUAAUGUUACUACUGCAUUUAAUGCCAAUGACACCCAUGAAAUUAUGGUUGAUGAAGAUCCAAUGCAGAACAUGAUCAAUGAUGCAUUUGGAGUUGAUAUGCACAACGUAAAUGAGCAUAACCUUGAAUGUAAUGAAGAUAUUGCCCAAGGGGGACAAUCAACAACAAAUGAAGCUAAAGAGUUUUUUGAACUAGCUAAAGAUGGAGAACAACCAUUAUAUGAAGGGUGUACAAAAUAUUCAAAGCUUUCUUUUAUAGUGAAGUUGUAUCACAUUAAAUGCCUUUGUGGGAUGACAGACAAGGCUAUGACAAUGGUAUUGGAGCUAUUACAAGAUGCAUUUGACCAUGCAAAAAUUCCAAAAUCAUUCUAUGAGGCAAAGAAGACUAUCACCAAGUUAGGUUUGGACUAUCAAAAGAUAGAUGCAUGCUCAAAAAAUUGUAUGUUGUAUUGGGGUGUCAAUGAUGAAAAUAUGCAGACGUGCAAAGUUUGUCACAGCUCCAGAUGGAAGACAAAGAAUAAAGGUGAUGAUAUUUUAAGAUCCGAUGAUGGCCGCAAUAAGAAGAAGGUGCCAGCUAAAGUUGUUCGAUACUUCCCAUUGAAACCGAGAUUACAAAGAUUGUUUUUGUCCUCGAAGACAGCGAAUGAUAUGAGAUGGCAUGCUAUGGUAAAUAACAACGAUGGCAUGAUGAGGCAUCCUCGGGAUUCUGAAGCUUGGAAGAAGUUUGAUUCAAUAAACACCUCAUUUGCAUUAGACCCACGCAAUGUGCGACUUGGAUUAGCUACUGAUGGUUUUAAUCCCUUUGGUAACAUGAGUUCUAGUUAUAGCAUUUGGCCGAUUGUCUUAGUUCCUUAUAAUACCCCUCCGUGGGUAUGCAUGAAGUCUACAUCCUUUAUAAUUUCAACAAUCAUCCCUGGUAAACAAAUGCCGGGGAAUGAUAUUGAUGUUUAUCUACAACCCUUAAUUAAAGAGUUGAAGGAGUUAUGGCAUGAUGGUGUGGAUGCAUAUGAUUCUGUUAAGCGGGAAAUGUUCAAGUUGCAUGCAGCCUUGUUGUGGACUAUUAGUGACUUUCCUGGUCUUGGAACAUUGUCUGGAUGGAACACCUACACUGGACUUGCUUGUCCAACAUGCAACUUUGAUAGUAUUCCUUGUCGCCUUCCCUAUAGUAGGAAAUGGUGUUUUAUGGGUCAUCGACGUUUUCUUGAUCAAAGACAUAGGUUUAGACUGAACAGGAUUCGUUUUAAUGGACAACAGGAGCUUCGUCAUCCACCCAAGAUAAUUUCUGGUUUUGAUGUUCUUGAUCAAGUUCAGAAUGUUGAUGUCACUUUUGGUCGUAGUCAAGAUGUUAGAGGAAAGGGGAAGAGGGUACGUGGCAAUGCAGGUGUUAAACAAUGGAAAAAGAAAAGCAUAUUUUUUGAUCUUCCUUACUGGGAGUCCAACUUACUGCAUCACAAUCUUGAUGUGAUGCAUAUUGAGAAGAAUGUGUUUGAUAAUAUUUUAUACACCUUGUUAGGUGAUAGUGCAAAGUCUAAAGAUCACCUAAAUGCUCGAAAAGACUUGAAAGAAUGGAAGUGUAAGUCAGACCUUUGGCCAGGUGAGAACGGGAAAUAUCCUUUAGCAAUCUACACAAUGAAUAAUAAAGGCAAGAAGGCAUUCCUUAGUACUUUAAAGAACAUUUCAGUGCCAGAUGGUUAUUCAAGCAACAUUUCUAGGUGUAUUGAUGUAGACACUCUUCGAGUGAAUGGAAUGUUAAAAAGUCAUGAUUGCCAUGUAUUGAUGCAACAACUUCUACCAUUGGCUAUGAGGGUAGCAUUGCCUGAACAGGUGUCCAAGAUUUUAAUUGAAUUAUGCUCUUUCUUUAAACAAAUAUGUAGUAAGGUGUUGAACGUCACAAGUUUAGAAAGAUUGCAACAUGACAUUGUUUUGACUUUAUGCCACAUGGAAAUGUUAUUUCCCCCUUCGUUCUUCACAAUCAUGGUUCAUUUGAUUGUUCACCUUGUUGAUGAAGUUAAGCUAGGAGGUCCAGUCCAUUAUCGGUGGAUGUAUCCUAUCGAGAGGUACUUGGGACAAUUGAAGUCGUAUGUACGAAACAAGUCACGACCUGAAGGAUCCAUUGCAGAAGGUUACUUAAUGCAAGAAAUUCUUACAUUUUGUUCUCGAUAUCUUGAUGAUAUUGAGACUAGAUUUAAUCGACCGGGUCGUGUUGAUGAUGCAUGUAAUGAAGAACAACCUAACCCACGUGUUAAGGAAUUUUUCCUCCAAGUUGGAAAUCCACUUGGUGGUUCUUCAUAUUUCAAUCUUACACUGACAGAAAGAUUACAAGCUCAUAGACAUGUCCUAAUCAAUUGCCCGGCAGUUGAUCGUUAUCUCAAGGAUUUUAGAGUGGAGGUGCGGAGACGCAUUAGACAUCGAACAAGGAGUCAAGCUGAAGUUGACAAAAUAGUUCACAGAGAGUUUGUUACAUGGUUCUCCAAACGGAUUGUUAGAGAAGUGGAAAACUUGAAUGAAAGUGAUAAAGCUUUCAUGCUUUCUCUUGGUCAGGGUCCCAUUGUCCAAGCUAGAAGAUUCAAUGCAUAUAAUGUUAACGGGUUCAAAUUUCGAACCUUGGCACGUGAUGAUGGCUUGAAAACUCAGAAUAGUGGGGUAUAUGGUUCGUUUGGCACUAGAAGUUAUUCUAGUAAUAAUGAUCCUCAAAUGAGGUUUGGGGAUGUCUUAUAUUAUGGAAAACUGGUAGACAUUAUAGAGAUAAACUAUUGUGGUUUAUUCACGGUUCCUUUGUUCAAAUGUCAGUGGGCUAAUACCACUAAUCCUAGAGGCAUUAAAAAAGAUAAGUUGGGAUUUACUUCAAUUAAUUUCAAUAGACUAAUACAUACUGGUGAACAUGAAGAUGAUGAGCCAUAUAUCAAAGCCUCAGAGGCACAAAUGGUUUAUUAUGUGGAUGAUGAAAUAGAAAAGGGUUGGAGUAUACCUGUUCAUUUGAAGCCAAGAGACUUAUAUGACAUGGGUGAAGAUGAAGAACUUAUGCCUUCCAUAGAGUCAUUUCCAUCACAGAACUUGGAAGAUAUUUUUUUUGAUGAUGCUAUGCAUAUGCAAUUGGCAAGACCAGAUGCUGAUGAUGAGCCUCCUAGUUUUACAAAUAAUGAAGAUGACAAUGAUGAAGUUCUUACAUGA